AUGGCCUUCUACUACACUCAACCCAGCCUUGCGCCACUCAUCCAACUCCUCAACGACUACGAGACUCCCCAAAACAAGUCUCGCCAAUGUCCCAAAUCAGUCCAAUGCUCUAAGAAAACACGCAACUCCUUCGCACCAGCCUUUGAUGUGCGCGAGCUAACAAACGCCUACCACCUCGACGGCGAGCUCCCAGGCGUGGACCAGAGCAACAUCGAGAUCGAAUUCACCGAUCCACACACCCUCGUGAUCAAGGGUCACACAGAGCGCGACUAUAUCAGCGAUGAUACCAGCUCCCGCAGCUCAUCUCCUGCAGGCUGGCACAAGCCCACAGUCGAAGACGAGGAUGCACAGUCUACUACCUCUGUCAAUACAGCGGACACCGCUGCUUCGCAUCCGGCCGAGAAUGACAAGCCUCACUUCUGGGCCAAGGAGAGAUCCAUCGGAGACUUCCAGCGCACAUUUAGCUUCACAGCGCGUGUUGAUCAGGACUCUGUUCGCGCGAGUCUGAAGAAUGGUGUUUUGUCUGUUAUUGUGCCGAAAGAGGCGGUUCCGACCCCGAAGAAGAUUCGCAUUGAGUGA